UGUGGCGCGGGGGCCGACGGGAGGCUCAGUUCCAAUAUGGCUGAAGAUCCUGGGGGAGUGACUUUUAUUCACUCAAUCACUUUCUCUUUUUUUUCCCUUUCUCCUGCCGGUUCCGCAACAUGGAAGAACUCUCGAUAACGUGUUUUGGUCUCGUGUUGCCGUCGCCAUGCCAAAGAAAGGGAACAGAAAACGGCUGAAAUACCGCGGGAACAUUUCUUCUGAAACAGUUACUGUGGCAGAUUAUGCCGAUUCAGAUCCAGCUAUCGUGAAGACUGGUAGAAUAAAGAAAGCUGUAGCGAAUGCAAUUCAGAAAGAAGUAAAGUUAUUGUGUGGUUUGGAAGCUUCUCAAGUCCCUGUGACAGAAGAGGCUCUUUCCUCUGCUUCUGUGGAUCGUUUGGACUGUGACAGCAGUGAUGAAGUAGAUGUUGAUGGCCACUCAAAUGAGUUGAAGGUUUCUAGGAAGAAGAAAAGCAAAAGACAGCAAGAGAAUGCUGAGGACUGUGGGCAGCAGUACCCUAUAGAUAUUUGGUUAUUUCUGGCCUCUUACAUACGACCUGAGGAUGUUGCCAAGUUUGCUCUAAUUUGUAAAAAUGCUUGGACUGUUACCUGUACUGCUGCUUUUUGGACCAGGUUAUACAGAAGGUACUAUUGUUCGGAUGUUUACUUGCCUGUACGUUUGCAACGCGAGGUCAUAGGAAAGUUGGGUUCACUGCGUGCCUGUGUGAUCCGUUCUCUCUACCACAUGUACGAACCAUUUCGUACGCGCAUAUCAGAAAAACCUGCAAUUCCUGAGUCAACUCCAAAUACGUUACAGAACUGUAGUUGCUUGCUGUACUGGUGCAAGAAGGGGACUGGAAAUAGAUCAGACCAAAGGUGGGAAUUCAACUACAAAUUCAAAAAACAGUCUCCCAAGUUGAAGAAUGGCUCUCGAAAUGGGCUUCAGUUUCCAAGACAGUAUGAAGAGGUACACACGAAUCCUGACCAAGACUGCUAUUUGCUGCAGAUCACCACUCUCAAUUUCAUCUUCACGCCAGUGGUUAUGGGAAUGACUCUAGCAUUGUUUACAAUAAGUGUAAGCACUGAUAUGAGGCACCACCGUGUCAGGAUGGUGUUCCAAGAUUCUCCACUUCCACAUGGAAAGAAACCGAAAAAGGACCAAGGACUCCAAGUUGUCUUGGACCCUGUGCAUAGUGUGCGCUUACUCGACUGGUGGCAUCCACAGUUUCCCUUUUCUGCCAGUAUUUAGUGUUGUUUCACAACAUCAUAUGAAACUGCUGACACAGAUUGGGUUUUGAAAAGUGUUUUGCGUGAUGGACACAGAAAAUAAGUUCAGUCUUAAGAACAGUGGUUUAAUGCAUUUUGAGAUUUGUAUGUUUGUGUUUAUCAAGGUAGGAUUAGCAAUUGAAGUAUUGAGGUCAAAAGCUCAAGUAUUGACACUAAUUGGAGUAACAGAUCUGAGAAACAGAGAAAAGUGACCUUAAAGUAAUUUAUAUAAAGACACUGUUCAACACCACAGCUUGCUUUUAUUUUAUAUUGUAGAGUGUAUAAGAUGUGGUGUCGGCCACUUUUGACUUGGAAUGUAUGAAGUUGUUUUUCUAACUCUUGCAGUGAUCUACAAUGGACAGGACACUUGCAUACAUUUGCCUCUCACUUAGAGUGCGAUCAUACAAUGCAUUAUUCAUAUUUAGUCUAAAUGACAACCAGUAUAAAAAUACUGUGUCUGUAAAAUGUUCUACUAAAGACUGUUGUAAAAUAGGUUGCUCAACUACCUAGAAACAGUGCUGAGUUUUUGCUAAGGGCAUUAAAUUUAGCUCAGGUUAAAAUCACUGUCUCAGAUUGUUAUGAUUCAUGAGAAAAAUUAGUCUUCGCAGUCAAUUUAUUGUCGAGAAAAUAUAUGCAUGAACACUUUUAAUUUGAGACCAUUUUGCCCUAGGGCCUCCCACCAUUUUAAUUCUAAAGAGUCAGAAUUGGACGAAAUUGAAAACAAGUCUUUAGUGAUAUAUCUGUGGGGCAUAGAUUGUUCACCAGAUUACACCUGGAGAAGGGACACUUGGUUGGUCACUGUCAGCUUUAGAAAUGUUCAAAAAGAUUUUUAAUUGUAAGGAAGUAGACUUUAACAUUACCCACUCUCAGAAAUAAUUGGUCAGUUAUUCCCACUUUUCAUGAAGCACAAUGGAGGACAGUUUGGAACUUCAACAGUGAUUUAAUUGCCAUAUGGAUUAAUUUGACAAAUUGUCUUAUCUCAUGAUUGUAGGUAGGAUGGAGGGGUGACAAAUAUUUAUUGAUCUUUGCUCAGAAAGAAAGGUUAAGUGUCAAGUUUUACUUACUGUCACUGGACAGGAAUUAUUGAGAGUGACUGAUAUGUAUACAGUCUGAGAAAUGCUGAUUUUUGUUUAAUGAAACACUUUCAGAAUCUUCAAAAUAACUAAACUUGUAAGUUACAAAUCUUAUUUCAACUGCAAAACUGUUGCUUGGUGCAGUAUGUUAUUUGAAUAGGAAAACCUACUGUCUUAAAUCCUCAAGACUAAACCAUGAAAACUUGGUGGCAAGUUAGUAUUCUGAUUAUCUAAUUUGGAAUGUUAUUUGACAUGCUAUUUAAAUGAAGUAAAAUGAAUUAAUUUCCAAGUUGGCAUUACAUUUGUAAACAAAUUUGUUUCUGUUGGCAUGGAAUUAUGAAAUUCAAAAAUAAUCAUUGAAGGUGAUAUCGUGGAUGAAAAUAAUUGUUUCUAGUCAAAAAAUUUGAAGACAAAAAGCCAUUGCUUUCUGAAGCAAAACUGAUUUAUGCACAGAACAAUUUCAGCUUGCUUGAGUUUAAUAAUACAAAUGUUUCAGUGUAGUCUGAAACUUGCAAAGUAAUAUUUGUAUCCCAAAUGACCAUUUAAGCCAAUGUGUGAAAACGUGAGUUGAAUUAUUUUGAGUCUGUUAUUUGUGUUAGAGCCAAUGUAGUUUCUGAUUCUGUUCUUAAAGCUUUAUUUCUAACUAAAUAUGUGUAAACAGCAUAUUGAACGAUAACUUUAAUUUGUGGGUUGAUUAUAGAUAGUGGUCCCAAACAAACUCGCAUGUAUUUAUGCCCAUGCAGACUCUGUCUGUUUAGGAGAAACUAUUUGGCCAUUGCUAUGUUUAAACUCAAUGAACAUGUUCUUAAAAUUACUGUACCAACUUUCUACUUAUGAUCUCUUGACUCAGAUUUCUCUUUGUUACUGUAAGUAACUUCCCUGAGACUGAUAUUUAAAUGAAAGCGGCUUGAAUAGGGCAAAAUGUCAGUGACAGUCUUAUUUUUAGGUGAUAGCUCUUAACGCAUAGGCUGUAAAUUGAAGCUAUGCAAUUUUCAGCUGGGAAAGAUAAAAUAUUGAUCAAUUAAAAUGGCACAGCACAGCUGAAAACUGUUGAAAGUCUUUGUUAAUAUAGAAUUCAUGCCAACAGUGUAAUUCUUGUAUUUAAUUUUUCUUGUAAACAUACUAAACAUUUAAACAUAAGCCCAUUUUUGGUGAAAUGUUUGAUUGCUCAUACAUGCAGGUACUUUACAGCAAAGAACAGGGCACAAGCUUUAAAUAAUUCGGAGAAUUCAACUUGCAAGUAUUGAAGUUUUAGAUUAAGUGAGAACCUGGCCCCCAAGUGUAGUGCUAUUUCCAAGAUAUUCAAAUAAGUUAUCUGAAUAAUAUAUUUAAACUGGUUUAAAUUUAAACUGAACUUGCUUCUUUGAAGAAAUUUUCCAGUUGCUUUGAUGAAAUGUCUUUCUAACCUGAAUAUUAUUGUGCUCAUCCAUUUUUGCACAUCAAAUAGGAAGACUCAAUUUACUGCUUUGUAGCCAUGAGAUUUGUUUUUAAACAGCUUACAUGUUGGUGCAUUUUGAGGUAACAAGAGGGCAUAUUUGUACUGUUAAGUUUCUGUGACAUAGCAUUCCAGGUUUUCUACCACUUUGGCCUUUGAGUUGAGAUUUAGCAUUUUCAAAACCAUAAAACACUCAUUCAUUUUUUUCUUAGUUUGGGGAGCUGUUGGGAGGAAUGUAAUUAAGUAUGAUCAUUAAAAAAACCAAAAAUAGAUUUCUGGGAAGUUGCUUUUAAUGCCUGUGCCCAUUUAAAAUUGAGAUUUUUACACUUGUGGAAAUAGUCCUUUUCAAUAAGUAGUCUUGCUGUAAUUUAAUGUUUAAUGUAUAUACUCAGUGGACAGAAAAAAUGUGGGUGAAAUACUUUGUAGACCUUGGUUGUUGAUCAUCUAAUAAUUCAGCAGGACCUACUUAUAGUGAGGCAGAAAUCCAUGAAUUGAUCAACCUGUUCGAUUUUGCUCACAAUGUAUUGCUUCUGUACUGUAAAAUAUCAGUUAAAAUCUACUGAAGUAUAACCUGGCUCCAUCAGCUGGACUUUGCAAGUAAAUGUUUAGCCUGAAGUAGGUUGUCAUCUAGUGAGCUUGAUUGCCUGAAGUCAUUUCUUGGAUUUGCUUCUUUCAUAAUCAGAGAUUGUACUGUUCAUUUUUUUUAAACUAAGAUGCAUUUUACAAAAGUUGAACUGAUUCUGUACAAAACGAUAUCAUUUUCAGAAGGAAUAGAUUGCAUUUUUACAUGGUGUAUAAUUUCAUGAGCCCAAUAAAGCUUGCGUCAGAUUGUGUGAA